ACAAUAUAAAAUCCAAAAUUAAACUUUCUUUAGAAUACAUUUAAAUUAAUUUUAAAAUCAUAAAAUGCAUAGCAUACAGAAUUUAAGAGUUUUUUUAAAAUCAUAAAAUGGAGACUGCCUAUAAAAUGAGUUGGCUUCCCCCAUUUGUCUUCAUUCACUCACUCUUUCCCUCUCAUUCUUUCUAGCAAAUUCUGAUUCCUGUUCUGCAAUGGCCAACACGGAGGAGGAGCUAAAGCAAAAUUUAAAGGAACUGAUCGAAAGUAUCGUUGACGGUGAUGAUUACACCGUUCAGACUGCGGACAAUGCUAUCCGUGCUCUUUCUGCGCUCAAAGUUUUGAAGCGCCCCGCUUCUCCCGUUCCUCCACACUUUCGAUGCCCUCUCUCCGGUCACUUGAUGACAGAUCCUGUUAUCUUGGCCACUGGACAGACUUUUGAUCGUCCAUUAAUCCAGAGAUGGCUGAAUGAUAUCCUCCGACUUUACCCUGAGAGCCAUGUUGUUCUCAAUCGCUGUUUGCUCUCUCCCAAUGUCUUGCUUCAAGGCAUGAUUUCAGAGUGGUGCAAAGACAAGGGAAUUUACCUGCCAAAGCCCGUUUUUAACGUUCACGACGAACAACUAACCGAGGCACUAAGACACCGUUUGCAUCCUCUGCUCUUCAAGCUGUCACUGUCAGUCUCUGAGCAGAAAGAAGCUGCAAAGGAGCUUCGUCAGUUAGCAAAAACAAUGUCCGUUCGAGCACUCUUUGGGACCAGACAAAUGAUUCAGCUUUUGUUGCGUCCGUUAUCAUCCGAAGCUCCUCUGGACCCUGAACUCCAAUAUGAUUUGAUCGCAGCUAUUCUGAACCUCUCAAUACUCGACUCGAACAAGAGGUUGUUGGCAGAAAACGAAAAACUCAUUGCCUUUCUCAUUGAUUCGUUGAAAUCCGGAGCAGUUCAAACAAGAAGCAUUGCAGCUGCAGCUCUUUCCUCGAUGUCAUCUCUUGAUUCGAACAAGCAAAUAAUUGGAAGGUCUGGAGCUAUAAAGUACUUGGUGGAUUUACUUGAAGAGGGAGACCCAUUAGCCAUGAUAGAUGCUGGAUCAGCCUUGUUCAGACUAUGCUGUGCUCGUGAAAAUAUAGUGAGGACCGUGCGAGAAGGGGUAGUGCAGAUUAUUCUUGGGAAGCUCGUCAACCAUAUUCUUGUUGAUGAUCUUGUUGAUGAGUUGGUAUCAAUAUUGGCACUUCUUGCUACACAUACUAUAGCAGUUGAAGCGUUGGUGAAUCAUGGCGGUGUCCGUUUCUUGCUUGAUAUCUUGAGGAAGACCACAGUAGAACGCGUCAAGGAAAACGCUGCAGUAAUUCUACAUCUAAUCUGUUACCAUAAUAGAGAAAAAAGGGAGGAAAUUAAAGAGGAAGAACUGGCCAACCGCACAAUCUCAAAUGUUGUUCAAAACGGGUCCGAGACGGCUAGAAGGAAAGCUAAAUCCAUCCUUGACUGUCUUCGUAUAGGUAAGCCCACUUCUCAGAACAAUCCAAAUCCAAAUCCAAAUCCAGAUCCAAACCCAAACCCAAAUCCGUGACUUUCUUCUCUAAAAUUUCCAUCCCUUAU